AUGGCGGAUGAAGAAUACUCCAAGGCGUCCGCUGAGGCGGAUCGUGAGAUGGCCAGGCUCUGGCGUACGUGGAGGACGGUGUUUGAACUGCUGCUUGACCGUGGCUACGAAGUGACGGAGGAAGAAGUCAAGAUUUCUCUAGGCGAAUUCAGACGGAGAUACUCUGAUGCCCUUGGGUUUCCGGACCGAAAUAAAAUGCGCAUCAGUGCUCGCCCAUCUCAAGCCAUGAUGGAGAAAUACACGCCGCUCCCCACGACCUCGAAACCGAACACGGCCCCUGAAUGCGGUACAAUCCACGUCGAAUUCUGCAGCGAGACCCAGAGCGUAGGCACCAAGCAUAUCCGAGCCUUCAACCAGUUUAUCGAUCAACAGAACUACCAUGCUGGCAUAUUCAUCACCCAGUCCCCCAUUUCUCCGUCAGCCAUCAGGCUGCUGACCGCCAUUCCCGGACGGUUCUGUGAACACUUCCUCGAGCAGGAGUUGCUAGUCAACAUCACGCACCACGAGCUCGUGCCAAAACACAUACUUCUCAGCGCAGAAGAGAAGAAGAAGCUGCUACAACGAUACCGAUUGAAGGAAUCGCAGCUUCCCAGAAUCCAGAGCGGCGAUCCCGUUGCGAAGUACCUUGGUCUGCGAAGAGGGCAGGUUGUAAAGAUUAUCAGAAAGAGUGAGACGGCUGGAAGAUACGCCAGUUACAGGUGGGUUACUUAA